AUGGGGUUCACGAAGGAAACCGCCUCCAUUGGCAUCAUUGGGAUGGGAGACAUGGGCAAGAUGUACGCCCAGCGGUUGAGCGCCGCAGGUUGGAGGAUAAAUGCAUGUGACAAGCCCGAUAGUUUUAAUAAAUUGAAGCAAGAAUUUGAAGCUCAAAGUGGCGUAACAAUAUAUCCGAAUGGACAUCUUGUGUCAAGGAUUAGCGAUUUCAUACUUUACAGCGUAGAGGCCGGUGUCAUCGACAGGGUAGUUGCAGAGUAUGGGCCUUCAACGAAGGUCGGCGCCAUCGUUGGUGGUCAAACAUCGUGCAAAGCCCCCGAGCUGGCAGCCUUCGAUAAGCAUCUUCCCCAGGAUGUAGAGAUCAUCUCAUGCCACUCUCUGCAUGGCCCCAACGUGAAUCCAAAAGGCCAGCCAUUGGUCCUCAUCCAGCACCGCGCAAAAGACUCGAGUCUCCGAUUCGUCGAGGAUGUCCUGUCGUCCUUCAACUCGAAGUAUGUCUACCUUAGUGGCGAGAUGCACGACCGUAUCACAGCAGAUACCCAGGCCGUCACACACGCGGCCUUCCUAAGCAUGGGAACAGCAUGGCAAGCAAACCAACAAUUUCCGUGGGAAAUCUCGCGUUGGGUUGGCGGGAUCGAGAACGUCAAGAUCAACAUCACCCUGCGCAUCUACUCAAACAAAUGGCACGUCUACGCCGGCCUGGCGAUCCUCAAUCCAGCCGCUAAGAAGCAAAUACGCCAGUACGCGGAGUCCGUGACGGAGCUCUACAAGCUCAUGAUCGAGGGCAAGCGGGAUGAACUCAAGCGCCGGGUUAGGGCGGCGGGUGCGGCGGUGUUUAGGGAGGGCACGGAGAAACAGGACCUGCUGCUCAGCGACGAGGUCCUUGAUCGGUUUUCGCUGUCAAAUGGUACUCGUGAGACGUCUCCGCCGCCGCCGAAUAACCACCUCAGUUUGCUGGCCAUCGUGGACUGCUGGUCGAAAUUGGGCAUUGUGCCUUACGACCAUAUGAUCUGCUCGACACCGCUCUUCCGGUUGUGGCUCGGGGUCACAGAAUACCUAUUUCGCAACCCAGACCUGCUCGACGAGGCGCUGGACACAGCAAUCGAUGACAAGAUGUUCCGGUCUGACGACCUCGAAUUUACAUUUGCGGCUCGCGCUUGGUCUGACUGUGUUUCAUUUGGUGACUUCGAAUCCUACCGUGACCGAUUUGAGAGAAUCCAGAAGUACUUUGCUCCGCGGUUCCCGGAUGCCGUCAAACUUGGUAAUGAGAUGAUGAAGACGAUUCUGGAGAAGACUAGCAAUGAGAAUCCAUAA